CGACUGUGGUCUUUGCACGAGUCGUCGCGUUUGCAUUGGACUAGUAUUGGGGAAAUAAAUCUGUAUCUGGGUCAAAAAUGAGGACCAUCACUUCUUCAGGUGGUGUAGCUGAAGUCAUAAAUGCAAGAAGAACAGAAUCUCUUGAUGCCCAAGAGAUUAUCAAUCUAAUCCAGCCUUCAACACAAAUUGUAUUUGGCAGAGUUAAUGUCAUUUACCUUCUUGAGAAAGCAAAUCUAGCAGUGACAUUAACGAACGGGAGAAACGAAGUGCUCGCUCACGCUGCCUUCGUAGAUUACCCCAAUCUGGAUAAUGUGGACCAGACUCGCUGGGAGUCUUGGCUGCACAGUAAUUAUCACAGUGAAAAAUGCACACCCUUAAACACAUUGUUCAUGCACCUCUUCGUGGCACUGCCUGACUACUCUAUUGGGGGCGCUAAAGAGAUUAUCAGGACAGUCUUCAACGCAGUACCUGAGCUGUAUUAUAUAUUCCUCUUUGUUCCAAACAGUGCCCAGUUAGACUCAGCAUUAGAAGCCAUCUUUGAACCUUUCGAAAGCCGCACAGGAUCAGCCGCUGCCAGGGAGUAUGCUGCAUUUGUGUGUCACAGACAUCAUCACUGCCCAGUUGUGCACAUUCGCACUGCGAGGGUGCAAGACCACGAUGAUCUCACUCCUCUGUUUACACAGCAAAGUGAUAAACUGACAGUUACAUAUGGGGAUUACUUCCUUGCUGAGCUUAUUGAAGCUCAGGAUGAAGAAAACCAUGCUGUAGUCUGCGAGGUGGAGGGCACUGCAGUGGGGUUUAUGAGUUUGUGCAGUGACAUCAAUAUUAAACUGCUGAAUGAAUGUUUUGAGCUUGGGCCGUUUCAUGGCCUUUGUAAGCCACAUCCUGAAGAUAUCCUAGAUCCACUCACUGAAUUACAGGAUGAACCAGAGAUAGAAUCUGAUAGACAAGCCAGUCAGAAACCUGGUUCAGGGCGAUCACAGCAAUCAGACAGCAGCAGCCUACAAGGGGCAGAUAUAAAGGUUCCAGCUAAAGUAAAAGCAGAUGAACCUCUAACUGCCGGAGCUGCUGAGUCACUUUCAGGAAGAGAAAGCACACUGUCUGAUGUAUCAGAGUCAAACACUGCACAAGCUCCAGUUGGCGAUAACACAAUCUCAGAUCAGAAAAACAUGCAUAGAGGGAGCUUAGAAAAAGGCAGAAAGACUGGUAUCACUCCAGUCUACAAAGGAGCUCUGAAUGCUUUUUGUAUUCAGUUGUUUGCAAUAGAUGAGAAGUAUGAAAUGAGAUCGCUGGAUUUCUUGCCUUAUGUGUUCAAACUUUAUCCAGACAGAGACCUGUGCAUUAUCACAGUACCCCACAUGGUUCCAGAGUUCCCCCUCCUUCAGAGAUGUGUCCGUGCCAUUCCUUUUCACACCAGCACCCUGUCUCAAGAACUUUAUAUUUUCCAUCGCUCCGGCCUGCUCAAGUCCUUUACUGUAAGACAGGCAAAAUCCAGCGACAAACCAGGUGUUGAGUCUCUAAUUAAGGAGCUUGACAUGCGUGAUACUAUAUUAGCAGAUUUUGAGGUUUUUAACCAGGCUCGCAGAGAUUCAGAUGGUACUCCAGUACAGGCAUUUGUGUCCGAAGUUCUGCACCAGAUUGUUGGAAUAGCAAUAAUUAGAAAUGAAGAGGACAUUACAUACAUUCGCUCACACUACAACAUUGAGGAUUUCAUCUACUUCAGCCAUCACAGACAGGAGGAGCACGGCCAGCUUUUCCACUUUGUCCUGAACCCUAUUUUCCAGCACUACACAAAACACUUCCUCAAAGAGAUUCUGAGGCUUUCUGAUAAGUCUUGUCUCUAUUAUCCUGUGUACCCGUCAUAUGAACUAGACAAGAAUGCCUUUGCUCAUUCGCUGACAUCUGCCCUUAAUUAUAUGGUUCCUGUGCGCCCAAGACGGCAGAUUGUCUAUCCGUUGGAAGAGCUUGGCAUUAAUGCACCAGCCAGGCAGGUCACCAAGGAUCAGGUGAAGUAUGCCUUAAACCACAUCAACAGAAAACUAACUCUUGAACCAAAGGUGACAAUUAAUGCCAGAAUUGUUGUUGUCGGAGCCUCGGAUACGGGAAUGUCUUUCCUGGAAAUGCUUGUUUUCUGCCCACACUUGAGGUUUAAUAACAUCACUCUUAUUUCAACUCAUGGACUUCCCGCUAUCCAUGCAGACUCGGAAAGCUGGAAGUUUCUGUCUACCAGCCACUGCUAUAAUGAUAAGGACUUUGCACUGCUGUCACUGUGCUCCUGGGUUAACGUGGUGGUCGGAAAGAUGAAGGAAAUCGACAGGGCUGCCAAGCAUGUGGUGGUGUCUGAGGGCAGGAAGGUCCCAUAUGAUCACCUCAUACUCUGCACAGGGCAGCAGUACCAGAUGCCUUGUCCCACAGGUGCAGAUAUUAGCACACUGAUUACUAAUAGAGAGCUGUCGGUCAGCCCAGAUCAAAGGUACACUGGACCAGUACCCUCAAACCUCUUCACUCUGAAUGAUGAUGAAGACUGCCUGGCAACUUACAACUGGCUUCAAGAAAACUCUGCUCAUGCUGAGGGGAACAUUAUAGUGUAUGGAAAUACAAUUGAUGCUUACACCACUGUAGAAACCCUCCUGUCCCUUGGAAUAAGUGGCUGUCGCAUUCACCUGGCAGAGCCGCCACUCAACAGCAAUGUUACCUGCUUUAACAACUUUGCAGUAGAGAGUGCUGUACAAGCAGCACUAGCAGCGGCGGGUGUGACUGUCUAUCAUGACUGCAUACUUGCACAGUGGAAUGGGGGCAAUAACCCAGAGCACAUAACUGCAGUGUGCUUCACCACAGAUACAAAACCUGUACAGCUGCAAUGCUCAGUCUUCAUUAACUUGUACAAGAAAGGAACAGAUUACGAUGCAUUCAAAGCCAUGAAUGAUGCAUGCCUGGUGUAUGAUGGUAGACUUGUGAUUGACACAACUUUUCACACCAAUGACUCAGCAAUCAGAGCGGCGGGCACACUGACGAAAUUCCCUCGCCGGUACCAUGCAGAUCAGUGGUCUCACAGCAAUUUUAACUCUAAAGAGGUUGGAUUCCAUUUGGCCACAGCCAUGCUUCCUUUGUUUGACCCUAUAUUGCACUCCGUGGUAGACCCACCUGAAGACCUGGACAGACUCAUCCCCAUGUAUACUGGGGCUAAAGUACAAGGCGGAAAGCUUCCAGGAGGAUACCACUAUCUCCAUGCUGCUAAACCUAGGAUCCCCAUACCCCUGGCAGCACAGAUGGACCAUUCCAAUUAUGGCCGGGACAUUAUUACAGGAAGUGUGAAAACUGGGAAUUACUUCAAACUCCACGUGAACCAGUACAGCAAGGUGGAAACCAUCACAUGUCUUUCACAAGAACCCUUUCCAGCGUCGAAUUACCUGUGUCUCUAUGGAGAGAGUGAGCAGCUGCUUAACAAACUCUGUGACCGAUUUGAUGAAGGACUCAUCCCGGACAUGUACAGCUUUUUCAAGGAAACGUGGUGUCUGGCCAUAUAUCACGAUCGCUUUACUGAUUUCAAAAAUGAAGUGCACCAGAUCAUGGCAACCAGACAGGAUCCAGACUCCUUUUCAAUUACAGAAAUAAUUCAACAGGUAGUGGAAGAAGAACGAUCUGAAGAUCCAAAGGAAACCCUGAAGAUGAAAUUUGAGGCGUGCAAUUACAGAAACCCUGUGGAGAGAUAUGUAUUAAAUUACCUGAAGUACAACAGGUACCAUCUGCCUAUGUACGCACAGCCUGGUCUACUGCAGGCAUAAGAAACCAUUUAAGUGUAACAUAUGUUAAAAACAAUCAAGUGUGUUGACAGAGCUUCAUAGUUCUGUAAUUGUUCAUUAAAAAAAGAAAAAA